AUGACCGCUACUACGAUGCACUUUGGCCCCGAAUGGAUGCGCAAGCCCCAAAUGCCAAACCGCCCCCAUCCGCCACCUUCCCCUCCCGUGCUGCCCUCCGCACCGACCAACAAUAAUCACAGCACCUCUCCUUCGGGCGCAUCUACCUACUCCGCCCUCGUUACCCCCGCUGCUCCCGAGCCCGAGACGCGUGACGAAUCCCACCCUUUCAGGUACUCAAAGGAGGAGAUGCUUCGCAUCUACAGAGAAGGUGGUGGACGGGGUGGACUGGGUCUUGAGGUCGAAAGACACGAAGGGAUUGUCAGAGAAGUUGGCGGUGAACCAACUGGCCUACGCGAAUUGAGCGAUGCGGAAAAGAAGCUCUUCGCAGGUCCCCUCAAUUCCGAGCUUCGUAGGCGCCAAUCUGGCGACGUAGUAAAUACCCCAUCGAACUCAUCCGAUCGUCCACGCAUCGGACACAACAACUCAGCCGGAGCCAGCCCUAUGCGGGAGAGAUUUGGGUCCCUCAUGAACAGACGGAGGGACAGCACAGAUCAGCCCCCUUUGACAAUUCCUCGUAAGCUCUCCAUGUCUAAUACCCAGGGCACGGCUGCCUCUCCACGCGACGCUGCCCUUCCGUCACCUCGAACCAGAAUGGGAGGGUUUGGCUCCGGGAUCGAUGGCGUCUUGAGCAAUUCCGAUUCUUGGGUUGCCAGGAGGCGUGCAUCGGAGAGCACAAAGCCGGGCAGCAAUACCUCCAGGGAUGCUACUGACGGCGAGUUGAAGGGCCCCGAUAUCAAGGAGGAGGAAGAGGGGCAACCGAGUAUGGAUGCACCUCAAGGCGAUGUCGUAACUCGAGACGUGCCUUCGACAGGCGCGCACUCUUUAGACGAAAAUCAUAUCGCUAACGGUGUAGCGUCGAUUGCCCUCAGUGGCGCGUCCCCUGUCCCUCAGAUUGCACCCCCCAACCCCCAUUUCGAUAGUCCUGUUCCUCCAGGCCUUCCUGGGAACCCGGAUCCGUCCACGAUCGAGUGGUCCUAUGUUGAUCCGUCAGGAACCGUCCAAGGUCCAUUUUCCGCCGAUAUUAUGCAGAAAUGGCAUGAAGAAGGUUACUUUACCAUCGACCUAUUAAUGAAGCGCACUCAUAUCGACCGAGAGUUUGUCUCUGUUGGAGAAUUGGUACGGCGGGCCGGUGGUGGUAAAACUUUCCUUUCCCAGCCUCCGCCCUCUGCGCCUCCCGGGCUUGUCCCUCGAACAGACUCGCCUCUCCAUAAUAUCCCUACUCAUCAAGCUAAUGUGUUUAGCGGGCAGUCACCUGUACCUAUACGCAACUUGCGCGCAGCUACUUUGGACUCCUACUUGAACGCCAAUUCCGACUCUCCUGGGUCAUCAUUCGACACAAGAUUCAACAAUGGGUCACCAGACCCUUCCGCCUUCGGAGGCAGAGCAGGGCUGGGAAUGCACGCUGGUGACUCGCCCUUCAAUGGUCGAGGUUAUCCUGGAAGGCCCUUCAACGAACCUUUACCGGAUCCCCACUCUCCGUUCGGAAACAUUGCUCCUGGCCGGUCAUCUUCCGUGGAUGCGUACGGCGUUUACAGCAAUAACAUGGGUGCACCACAAUGGCUUGGCCAGACAGAAAACACUCAUCAGCGUGGCGAUGUCGAUCCCUCUACCCCGUACCAUGCGUUCAAUCAUGCAGCCGCCAAUAUUCCUCGCGGAGCGGUGGGGCAAACUAUCAUCCCGGAGGCGAUGUCUCGGCCGGCCAUGAAUCCAGAAUACGGAGAAAUGAACGGGUUAGGUGGCCCGUUCGAUCGUGUUCUGCAUGGACGUGGCCCAGUCACCAACGGCAUGAGUAUCAACAGUGCAAAUCUUGCCUACAACAACCCACCUUUUGUGCACAACCAACCCCAACUCGACCAGUCUCCUUCUGUUCCUACUAUUAUUCCUCAAUCUCUAUCCCACUUCUCGGACGCUCAAACCUCGAAUACUACCUUAACCCCUGGAACGAAUCCCUUGUCAUCUCAAGUCCAGUCUCUGAACGAACCUUCGUCCCCUUGGGCAAACAUCGACCCCUUGUUGAUGCGGCCUGGCACUACUGAUUCGCCAAGGGUAUCUGCAACCACUCCGCAAAACCAGAUGAAUCAAUCGGCAUCUCACCUACAGCAGGGUUGGUCACGCGGGAGCCAGUCAUCACAGCCGGGAACCAAACGCGAUCAGUCCGCUUGGCUGGCUGCUUCACAAAAUGGCACGGAUGACAACUGGAAAGAAGUUCCGGGUCCAAGCAGUCUUACUUUCAACAACGUUGGGCAACACAACAUGAUGCACGAAGAGGCACAACCAGUAGACAGCGGGCGUGCCGCUACGACUGAUGCGCAAAUCGCGAAGGAGACAGCAGCAAUCCCGGAGGUACCUUCGGAGCCAGAACGAUCCGAACCCGAGCCUGCACCUGUUGUUUCGGAAGUCCAAGCACCCAUACCUUCCAAGUCUCGCCGCAAGGCUACUACGAAGGACACUCAAGUCCAACCAUUGGCCACAAAGACGACGCCCCCCUCGCCUCCAAGUGCAACAAGCCCACCUACCCCUUCCAUGCCUGGCGCGGUACCCAAGGCUGCUUGGUUGAUGGAGGAUGACACGAAGAAGGCGGGAGCGGGCAUGAGUCUUCGAGAGAUCCAGGAAGAUGAGGCAAGGAAAGCAGAUGCGCGCAAAGUUGAGAAGGAACGGGAGCGUGUCGCGCGUGCAAGCGCACCGGUCACUCCCGCUGCCGAAGAAAUGUUCACCACUGCUGCUUGGGGCCUUCCGACGUCCCAAGCCGGCUCCCGCACGGUUGGGUCACCAAACAUUGCGAUACCAACUAGUGCUGGCGCUGCCGCGUCUGUUGCUGCCGCCCCAUGGAGUCAGUCGACGAAUGCUGCAGGUGCUAAGAAGACCAUGAAGGAAAUCCAGGAGGAGGAGGAACGGCGUAAGAAGGCGGUGUACAAAGAGAUUGUUGCGGCAGCGCCAACUCGUAGGGGUUAUGCUGAGACAACGACAAAGCCGCUCACUCCAGCUCCCGCCUCCGGUGGAGCCUGGACCACAGUAGGACCUAGUGGGAAGAGCGCCACCGCAGCAGUGGGCGCUCGUCCAGCACCUGCUCCUACAACGUCUUCGGCUAGCGUGAUGACUGCGCCCGUCACGUCGCGCCCGAGCGUUGUUGCUCCUCCCAGGACCGCAGCUUCUGCUGUUGCAAAGGGGACGUCCUCAGCCCAGAAGGCUGAUGACUUCCCUGUUGCACCCUCUGCCGAUUUCCUUCGUUGGCUUGGCGAGAAUCUCAAAGGGCUAAACAGCUCAGUCAACCUGGAAGAGAUUUCGUCUAUGCUGCUUUCCUUCCCGCUCGACCCCGACUCAUCAACGAUGGAGCUUAUUGCCGAGAUGAUCUACACAAACAGUACGACGCUCGACGGGCGGCGCUUUGCUUCGGAAUUCGUCAACAAGCGUAAGGUCGACGCUGCGGCCCGCAAGAAUGGUGCGAGCGCGGGUCCGACUGGCAAGAUUGUGUCCAUCGCCGAUGUCGUGAAGACGCAGCCAAAGCCAUCGCAACCUGAGUGGGGCUUUAAGGUCGUAAACAAGAAGAAAAAGGGUGGGAAAGCAUAA